GCCCGAGCUGCCAGUCUCCAGUGCCGGCUCCGGUGUCCCGGCUGCUCUGUGCCAUGUGUGCCCGGCCCGCCAUGUCUGCCGGCGGAGGGGAGGGGCCGCUGCCGGAUACCCUGAUGAUGGAACCCAGUGAGUGCCUCGCCGUGUCCAGCAUCCUGGGACCUAAACCGGGCUCCAUGGUCAGCGCCUUCCAGCCCCCCGGGACGGAGUUCUCCCGAAAACGCUCAAUAAGUGAAUCCGACAGCCAAGUCAUAGAGAGCACAGAAAGUAACGACGGCCACGGCAGGGAGGCGCACAGUCAGACGGAGAAGCGGCGCAGGGAUAAGAUGAACACGCUGAUCGAGGAGCUGUCGGCCAUGAUCCCGCAGUGCGACCCCGCGCCCCGCAAGCUGGACAAACUGACCGUCCUACGGAUGGCCGUGCAGCACCUAAAGUCACUAAGGGGUUCCGGCAGCUUUACGGACGAAAGUUAUAAACCCUCGUUCUUACAGCACGACGAGCUCCGCCGCUUGAUCCUCAGGGCGGCCGACGGCUUCCUCUUUGUGGUCGGGUGCGACAGAGGAAAGAUCCUGUUUGUGUCCGAAUCCGUCUCCAAGACGCUAAAGUACAGCCAGGAGGACCUCGUCGGACAGAGCUUGUUCGAUUACCUGCACCCCAAAGACGUUGCCAAAGUCAAGGAGCAGCUGUCGUCCUCUGAUGUGACCCCCAGGGAGAAACUCAUCGAUGCCAAAACUGGUUUGCAGGUUCAUGCGCACUUUCAAGCCGGACCCCCUCGCCUGCACUGUGGAUCCAGGCGCUCUUUCUUCUGCCGCAUGAAGGUCGGACGAACCUCUAGCAAGGAGGAUAAGAACUUCUUGCACAACGCAAAGAAAAAAGAUCACAGGCGCUAUUGUACGAUCCACUGCACCGGCUACCUGAGAAACUGCCUGUCCAGCGAGGUCGGAUUGAAAGAAGAAUGCGAGAGGGACCGGGAGUCUCACACGGUCAGCUGCCUGGUCGCCGUCGGCCGGCUGCACCCCUACGUCCUGCCGCAGUGCAAAUCCGAAUUCACGGUGAAGCCCACGGAGUUUGUCACCCGCUACACCAUGGACGGGAAAUUCGUGUACGUGGAUCAGCGAGCCACCGCCAUUCUGGGUUACCUGCCCCAGGAGCUUCUCGGAACGUCUUGCUACGAAUAUUUCCAUCAGGAUGAUCAGGACCAUCUAACCGAUCAGCAUAAAACCGUUCUUCAAAGCAAGGAGAAGAUCGUGACGAAUUCCUACAAAUUUAAGACAAAAGACGGAUCUUUCAUCACCUUGAAGAGCCAGUGGUUCAGCUUCAUAAACCCGUGGACCAAGGAGCUUGAAUACAUCGUAUCCGUCAACACCGUCGUUUCGGGCCUCUGCUCAUCUCUGGAAACCGCGUCUCUCCCCGACAGCUCCCAUUCCUCCGAAGAUGCUUCCAAGCGUACCUUUCUGGAUGUGCCUGGAAUGGCUAGCGGAACCGUUCUAGGUGCUGCAAAUAUAGGAAGAGAGAUCGCCAAACAAAUUCUGGAUUUACAGAGGAUACAAUCCCCGCCGUUCAACGGUAACUUAAGUCCCAGCGAACUCUUAAGGAAAACCCCUCCGAGUCUGGAGAACCCGUCGGCCGGCGUUCAGAAGGAGCAGUCGGUCCGAUCGACUCCAUCGGGAAGCGACAAGCUGGACGCGGCUUCUCACAAUGAAAUCCUCCCGCCGUUCGCCAUUCCUGAAGGAAUUCUCAGCGACGGCUCGACUUUGGAUUUUGACAGCGAAACGGCCAUGGCCGACCUCAUGAAUUUUUUUGAGGCGGACGGAGGUCUCGGCGACGCGGAUCUGAACAGCAUCUCCUGGACGCUCUAGCGAGACGGCCUGAAAGCGCCUUUAAAAUCAGACGUACUGUAUCUUCUAACGCUCUGACAUCAUUUGUUUUUUAUGUAUUUGCUCCUUUAUUACUCGUUCGACAAUCAACUCACGGGCGCCACCCCCAGCCGGGUCACGG